AUGGAAAAUUCAUCGAAACCUUUACUUCGGAAUCUUUUUUUACUUUUGGCGAUAUCUAAAUAUGCUCUAAACUGUACUUGGAAGUUGCACCAACAAAUUAUUAUUUGCAUCAAUUAUCAAAAUUUUUCAAUUCAGAAAGACAAUGAAGAUGAUAAAAGUACAAUCAAUGUCCACCUUAUUUGUCACUCUCACGAUGAUUUAGGAUGGUUGAAAACAGUCGAUCAAUAUUAUUACGGCUCGCAUAAUAAUAUAACAGCUGGUGGAGUACAAUACAUUUUGAACACGGUGAUUGAUGAACUGGAAAAAGUUAAUUCGCGCACGUUCACAUGGGCCGAAACAGGAUUUCUGUGGCGAUGGUUCCAGGACCAUAGUGACUCAGAAAAAGAUCGGUUGAAAAAAUUAAUUCGACGAGGUCACUUAGCAAAGUCACUUGGGCAAUUUGAAAUUGUUGGAGGGGGUUGGGUGCAAAAUGAUGAAGCAGCAACGCAUUACGUUGAUAUUAUUGAUCAAAUGACUUUCGGUUUACGCAAACUUAAUGAAACAUUCGGUUCAUACGCUGCACCAAAAGUUGCAUGGCAAAUUGAUACAUUUGGGCAUAGCCGCGAGAUGGCUAACUUAUUAGCUAUGAUGGAAUUUGAAGCAUUAUUUUUUGCAAGAAUUCAUUAUUUAGAAAAAGCAGAGCGGCUGAAAUCUAAUUCAUUGGAAUUUUUAUGGAAUACUUCGGACGAAACAAAACGAAAUAUAUUUGCUGGGACUUUCUUCGAAGAUCAUUACGGUCCACCUGCCGGAUUUUGUUUCGACGUGCUUUGUAAUGAUGAACCGAUUAUGGAUAAUAGGAAUAUGGAAGGUUACAAUAUAGAAAAACGUAUCAAUAACUUAAUAAAUUAUGCCAUAAAUCAAAAGUAUAACGGUAAUGAAAGGAAAAUUAAAAUGUUUUAUUCGACUCCAUCAUCUUAUGUAGAUGCUGUAAAAAAGGCUUCGCCUAAACUAACGCAAAAAUCCGAUGAUUUACUACCAUACGCAUCGUCCGAGCAUAGCUUUUGGAAUGGGUUUUAUACGAGUCGUCCGACAUUCAAAGGGUUUGUUCGGCAAAUGAGUGCUUUAUUUCAGUUAUCAAAGCAGCUAAUUUCAUUUUCUGGAUUGAAUUCCAGUAAUCUGAAUUUAUUAGCCGAAUCGCUUGCACUGGUACAACAUCACGACGCUAUUACGUAA